AACGGGAUCGUCGAAUCGUAACUCGAAGGAAAUGAAGGCCAGUCUACAAUGGUUUCAUAGGAAUUUUUAAUUGGUUUGGUUUUUCUAGGCAAUUUUAGUAUAACGCAAAAAUUUUGAAGAAGGUGGUAGUUUUUGGUGAUAAGGCAUUGCGUCAGCUCUACUAAAAGAUGUCUUCACCACGCCCUAAAUCCCCUCGCACUCCUGUUUUGUCCAAGAAAGAGGAGAAAGAAGAAUCAAUAUGGGAUAAACUUGGCACUAUUGGGCGCAAGAAACGUAUAAAGGAAGUUCAGGAAGUACAAGCUGAGGGCAAGUAUGCUAUUGAUUCGCCUGGUAGUCCCACUGCGCCAGAAAUCCCACCAGAGGAAUACAGCCUUUUGGAAAAUGAAGAAAGAGCGAUAAUUGAUCCUAAAUCUCGUGAAGAUCCCAAAGUUAAAGAAUUGAAGCAAGUACUUAUAGAUUGGAUCAAUGAUGAGCUAGCAAUGCAAAGGAUUAUUGUAAAAGACAUUGAAGAGGAUCUUUAUGAUGGCCAAGUUUUGCAAAAGCUCUUAGAAAAGUUGACAAAAACAAAACUUGAUGUGCCAGAGGUUACCCAAUCUGAAGAAGGCCAGAGACAAAAAUUAGCUGUGGUCUUAAGAGCUGUAAACAAGGUGCUGUUUGGAUCUACAAAGCCUGCACAGAAAUGGAAUGUAGACUCUAUUCACUCCAAGAGUGUGGUGUCGAUAUUACACUUACUGGUGGCCUUGGCUCGUCAUUUCCGUGCCCCGAUCCGCCUACCCGAGCAUGUGCGGGUUGCUGUAGUUGUAGUGAAAAAGGAGCCCAGCCAGGGCAUGCAACUAUCACACAGGAGUUACAUGGAAGACAUUACUACUUCUUAUGAUGACCUCGGAAUGAAGUGUGAACGGGAUGCCUUUGAUGCUCUCUUCGAUCAUGCUCCAGACAAGUUACAGGUGGUUAAAAAGUCCUUGAUAACUUUCGUCAAUAAACAUCUCAGUAAGGUUUAUUUAGAAGUCACAGAUCUGGACACCCAAUUCCACGAUGGUGUUUACCUCUGUCUGCUCAUGGGCUUACUCGAAGGUUUCUUUGUGCCUCUCUAUGAUUUCCAUCUCACACCACAAAACUUUGAUCAGAAAGUCCACAAUGUGUCAUUUGCAUUUGAACUUAUGCAAGAUGUUGGUCUUGCUAAGCCAAAAGCAAGACCUGAAGAUAUUGUUAAUUUGGACCUGAAGUCAACUCUGCGAGUGCUCUAUAAUUUAUUUACUAAAUACAAGAACAUGCCAUGAAUCUUCAUAAAUAUAUUUACACUAAGCCAUUUCUCAAAAAUAAUAAUUUAUUUUGCUAACAAUGUUUGUGUUAAGAAUUUUUUUAAUGUAGAAUUUAAUUUAUGUAACUAAAUCAAAUUAUUAACCAAAAAUAAGAACAAUGUAUGAUUGUGCCUUAUAUAUUUUUUA